UCACUUUCCUCUAUUCAAAUUUCACACCACCCAACCCUCCUCUUCUAUAAAUUAAAAACCCCAUGAAAUCUCAUCCGACAUCAAAACUCACCCACAUUUCCAUUUUACAAAAGCAAUGUCUCUUCUCUUCAAGGUUGUUUGUCUCGUGGCCUUGCUCCUCGCCGCUGCAGGCCUCGGCACCGAGGGCGCAGGUGGCGCGUGCGGCAAACUGUCCCCGGACAAAGUGGCCGUGCUGCUGGCGCCCUGCGCAGUCCCGGGGCGCGACCCGAAGGCCGUGGUGUCGAGCAGCUGCUGCCUCGAAGUGAAGAGGAUUGGGGGGAAUCCAAAAUGCCUCUGUGCCGUCCUACUCUCGGCCACGGCCAAGGCCUCCGGUGUCAAACCCGUCGUGGCCAUCACCAUCCCAAAACGUUGCCGUAUUGCUAACCGCCCCGUCGGCUUCAAGUGUGGACGUAAGAGCAUCCGCAGCGGUGCUCUUGCCGCUGGCACGGCGCUGCUCGAUGCAUCGAGCACGUUCGUGCCGCUGAGCAGCUGACCUAGCGUCACCGGAUUGGCCAAUGGCAAAGCCGUUGGCAUUUUCGUUUUUUUUAAAUCAGAUUUAAUUAAAAAAAUCCAAAUUAAAUAAAAAAAAUAUUUUCCCACUUCCCAAUAAAUUAUAUCUG